AUGCGUAAAAAUAAGCUCCAUGCGUGUAUGUUAUCUUACAAAAAUAGUACGACUACACUUAUACAGUGUAUGCGCGAACAAGAGAAAUCAACUGAAGCAGCGUUGCGUGUGUGCUGGGUUCUUAAUAAGCUCCAAAAACCGUUUUCCGAUUCCGAAAUAGUAAAAGAGUGUAUGUUGGAAGUGGCCACUGCACUUUUUCAAGAAAAUAAAAAAGUCGUUACCUCUAUCCAAGAUAUUCCUUUGUCGGCAAGGAGUAACACAAGAAGGACAGAAAUGUUGGCCGCCGAAAACAAAAAAAGCUUAUUUGAACUUUUACAUAAGUCACCGUGCUACUGCAUUGCGCUUGAUGAAUCUUGUGACUUAGUUGAUUCUGAACAAAUGUCAAUUUUCGUGCGAUUCUUUGACAUUGAAAAUAAAGUGUUUAGAGAAGAGUUACUAGCAAUAUUGACAUUUGAAGGCAAGACUCGUGGAGAAGAUUUAUUUAAGAGUUUUGAUGACUUCAUGAAAAAAUCGGAUUUGAGUUAUGAUAAAAUUGUGUCAAUUUCCACUGAUGGAGCUCCAGCGAUGAUGGGAAAAGAAAAAGGAUUGUUAAAAAGAAUCCGGGAUAAUAAUUCCGGGAUAUUAACUUAUCAAUGCAUAAUUCACCAAACAUCACUUUGUAGUAAACUCAGUGCUACACUGAAAGACGUUAUGGACGGUUUGAUCAAGUUAAUCAAUUUUAUCAGGUCGCGUUCUUCUCUUCAACACAGACAGUUCAAAGAGUUUCUGUGUCAAUGUGAUUCGGCUUAUUCAGAUUUACUACAACACAAUCAUGUUCGUUGGCUCAGUAAAGGUCGAGUAGUUGAACGUUUUUGGAACAUUAAAGAAGAAGUAAAAACAUUCCUAAAAAAUGUAGAUACUGAAGAAGCAAAGAAACAUUCGGAUUUCUUAGAAAACAAUCGAAAUAUAGUUGCAAUGGCUUUCUUAAAUGACAUUUUGAAGUAUUUAAAUACGCUUAAUGUCGAAUUACAAGGAGAAGGGAAAUUAAUAUGUGAUUUAAUACAAAGUGUGUCUGCUUUCCGUCGCAAACUAAAUAUAUUUAAAGGCGACAUUGAACAAAAAAAAUUCAUUCACUUUCCCACAAUAUUUGAAUGCAAAAAUCAUUCUGAAAUUAUAAACAUCGAAACAUUUUUAAGUUUUUUGUCAGAUCUUAUGAAUGAAUUAGAUACUAGAUUCAAAGACUUUUCUGAAAUAGGAAAACUAUCACAAUUCUUAAAAACUCCUUACGACGUUCUCCCAGACGGAGAAUGA